AUGGAUAAAGAGCAAAGAUCUGCGGCUUCCAAUUUUCAGAAGUCAGUGCAAACAAGUACCAUCACCGUUGUAGCGGCCCCACACAGUAACGGCAAUGCUUUGACGUGGGCGUCCUCUGUCCAGGAGAGUCCGGUUUCAAUAAGUUACUCUUUGUUAGUCACUCACAAUCUGUUUACUGAAAGAUAUUCUAAACAUCUUUCUGAGGUUAACAUAGACAUUGCAAGAGAGAGGCUGAUAAACGCAUCCAAGAUUUAUUGCCAGGCUCUGAAAGACGAGGGACGGGUAGAUUCGUGUGAUGACAGCAUUCAUCUGGGAACUUUUGUGAACGGUGUUGGAAUACUGCAGUUUGGUAAUGUUGUAUAGGGUUUUUUUUUUUUAAACAAAACAUUGUUCUACAAUUCAAAAGAAAAGGUCGAAACUAUUGCAUCAUAACAACUUGAUAAUAUCGCAUAUAAAAUAGACCAAUAAAAGGUAUUCAGCAGCGCAGUUAUGGUUUAUGUCAUGAACCCUUCGAGACAAAAACUACGUGUUUAUUGUUUUUCAGAUUUCAGCACACUGUAUUUACUGAGAAGAACGAUUAGCACUGGAAUACUUUCCUACUCUUCUCUGUGUCAAAAUUGAUUUUUUUUUCUCUUUUCAUGCUAUAGACAUUUGCCAGACAUAGAUGGGACUCCUUGUUCAACUAUUUUUCUUCCGGAAGAGAACUGUGUGGCAGUUCAGUAUACGCCCCAGAUGCUUGGAAUACAGCUCUGGAAAGGUUACAAGCUAUUUGGCAUCAAAGGAAAAUUACAAGUUAUUUACGAUAAUGCAAAACUAGCCAAAACGGUUGUGUUUCUGGCACGACUUCAAGGAGAAAAAAAAUUAUUUUGUAUCACCUCAAAGUCAAAGCAACUCACGUCGUUGUGAAUUCAAGGCCUCUAAUAGUACACAGUGUGGUUCCUUUUGUGCACAAGAUGCCUUCUGCCAGGCCUUUGUGAUAUGUAAACCUGACGGACAAAGUUGGUAGUCCAACGCCAAGCUCAACUGCCUGCUGUACUCAAAACAGCAGACAACAGUUGCUGAAAAAGAUAUGCAUUCUGCGAUUUCACAAACAGGUUUUCUCAGAAGUGCUUCCAUUCAUAAGAAAAUAUAGUUAUUACAAAUUGUUUGAAUAUCCAUGUUUCAAAUAGGAGAUGAAACUGAUCUUUAUACUAAAGUAGUACAAAUACAAAAUUGGUGGCUGGUUAAGGUGAAAAUCAAAUAACAUCUCAAAGGCUAAUAAAAAGUUGAAGGAAGUGUAAUAUUAAUGGCCAGCUAGACGUCUUGUGCCAGAAACUGAGACGAGUGUUCGUAGAGAGCAAAAACGGCAGUGGGGGAGGGGCAUGGGGAGGGUUAAGAGAGCAAAGAUCAAUGUCCUGUGAUUUGGAAAGGAAACCCCUGUGUCACUUUCAAACAAGAUAUUUACACAUCAUUUCAUUUCUGUUUACUUUCACUAAGAGAAACAUCACAUCAGCUUCCCUUCCUUGUGCUGGACAGAAAGAGGACUCGGUUGACAGAGCAAAUAUCAGUGUCUGGUGAUUUUGGAAAGGAAACUCCAGUAUCGUUUUCAUACAAGUUAUUAGCAUGUAAUAUUUCAUUUUUUGUUUACUUUCAUUAA